AUGCUGCAAGAUACUCUCAAGAAGUGGAAAGUCUCAGAUGUGAACAACAUUCAUAUAAAACAAGAGUCUGAAGAUGAAGGGUACUGCACAGUAAAGGGUGAAAGUCACAGUAAAGAGGAAGCCCUGCUAGAGGAUUAUACAGUCCAAGCUCACCAAUCUGUCCCAAAAAUAAAGAAUGAAAAAUAUAGGAAAUAUUCACUAGUCAGUGCAGGAUGGCCUAAUCUGAAAGAUGAUUCCUCCGGAGCCAUCAAGCAGGAAGCUUCUGCUCAUCAUUCAGUGGAAGAAAAAUGCUGGAAGAAAGAAAGAGAAGAAAGACACUGUAAAGUUAUUUGUACAAGAAAAAGAUAUACCUGCCUGGAAUGCGGAUCUGAAUUCAGUCAUUUGGGAAAUCUUAAAAGACAUGAACGAAUUCACAAUGAACAGAAACCAUACCCAUGUGAAGACUGUGGAAAACAAUUCAGAACCUCGGGCAGUCUGAAACGUCACCUGCUCAUUCACACAGGGGAGAAACCAUACAGCUGUGACAGGUGCGAGAACAAAUUCAGAACAUCGGGGCAUCUGAAAAGUCAUAAGAGGGUUCAUAGUGGAGAAAGGCCCUAUUCAUGUGGGACGUGUGGGAAAAGGUUUAGAAAUCCAGGAAAUCUCAAGUCCCACUCCCGAAUACAUACAGGAGAGAAACCAUACUGGUGUGACCGGUGUAAGAAAGGCUUUCGAAAGUCUGAAGACUUAAAGGUACAUGAACGAAUUCACACAGGAGAAAAGCCUUACCAAUGUGCCGAGUGCAAGAAGAAGUUUGUCACUUCAGGGGAUCUGAAGAAGCACAGAAGAACUCACACAGGAGAAGCACCAUACCGCUGCAUUGAAUGCGAGAAAACGUUUAAAAACUCUGGGCACCUUAAAAGACACUCAAGGAUUCACAGUGGUGACACCCCCUACUCUUGUACCUGUGGUAAAAGGUUCAGAACCUCAAGCAAUCUAAACAGACAUGAGAAAACUCAUAAAAGAAUUGCAUCAAAAAAGAGUUGCUGCAAAAAGAAAGCAAAACACAGUAAAAAGAAGACACCUCUUUCAGAGGCACGGUGCAUUUUAUAG